AUGCAGUACCUUAGCAUCGCCUCGGCGGCGCUCGUCGCUCUCGUUUCAGCUGCACAGGCUUGCGGGAGCUGCUACGGCCCGACCAACCAUGUCGAGCACGUCCGGCAUGUCAAGCGCAUGCAGCCGGGUGCCAUCAACGCCACGUACGGGCCGUCAAGGGCACUCGAAUGGGGGCAGCUGAACUUCCUCCACACCACCGACACCCACGGUUGGCUCGAGGGGCACUUGAAGGAGGCCAACUAUGGCGCUGACUGGGGCGACUUUGUCACCUUCUCGACCCAUUUCAAGCAACAGGCCGGCAACAUGGGUGUCGAUAUCCUCCUGGUUGACACUGGCGAUCUGCACGACGGCGCCGGACUCAGCGAUGCGACAUCGCCCGACGGCGAGAUCUCAAUGAAGAUCUUCGACCAGGUUGACUAUGACCUGUUGGCCAUCGGUAACCACGAGCUGUACCUUGCCGACGUGGCCUACCAGACCCUGAAUGAGAUCUCGGCAUACUGGGGCGAAAAGUAUCUCACCUCCAACGUCCAGAUCGCGAACCAGGAGACCGGUGAAUGGCAGUACAUCGGCAAGACGCAGAGAUACUUCACCACAGAGCAUGGCCUCCGCAUCAUGGCCUUUGGUGUGCUGUUCGACUUUACCGGCAACACCAACGUCACCAACGUCAUCACGGCCGACGCCAUGGUGGCAGAGCAAUGGUUCCUGGACGCCAUCAACACCAGCGAUCCCAUCGAUGUCUUUGUUGUCCUUGGCCACAACCCGGCGCGUGACAGCACGUUUCAAGUCGUGUUCGACGCCAUCCGUGCCGUGCACUCCGAGACCCCCAUUCAGUUCUUUGGAGGCCAUAGCCACAUCCGCGACUUUGUUGUCUAUGACCAGAGCAGCACCUCGAUCGAGUCUGGUCGUUACUGCGAGACACUAGGCUGGGUUUCCAUGUCUGGGUUCAACGCCGACAACAGUGGCUACGACGGCAUAUCGCCCAACCCUGCCGGAGUUCCCAACCCCACGCGCAAGGCAACUACCAACUCAACAUCCCCCUUUCUGUAUUCCCGCCGCUAUCUCGACUGGAACCGCCGGACGCUCGAGUACCACGCGGCGACCUGGUACAACGACAGCUUCGACUACGACAACGGGCGCGAAGCCACAGCUGAAGUAACCAGUUACCGGAAACAGCUCAACCUCGAGGAUCUAUACGGCUGCGUACCGCAGGACUACUGCAUGACGUGCGCACCGUUCAACAGCUCGGACAACAUAUUCCCGCUGCUCUCCGAGGCGCUGGCCGAGGUCGUCGUCAACACAACCCGACAGGACAUCGCGCGCUACGUCAUCUCCAACACCGGAGGCGUCCGCUUCGACAUGUACAAAGGCCCCUUCACAUAUGACGACAGCUUCAUCGUUUCGCCGUUCGAAGACGCCUUCUUGUACAUCCCCGAGGUCCCAUACGCCCUGGCGAGCACGCUCCUCGACGCCCUGAACAAGGCAGGAGCGAGUCAGAAGCGCGACCUCGGCUUCAUGCCGGUCGAGCGUGACAUCUGCGUUGACCCUUUCGUCGAGCCCCUUUCCGAAAUCAAACGGGAGCUUGACCACGGCCACAGCCACGAGCCGCUGGGCAUCAGCAGGCAUCAGGUGGUCGACCUUGUCCCGGGGUACACGACGACAGACGACUUUGAGACUGAUGGCGACGACACGGCGCACUCGGCGAUCCCGUACUACUCGAUCCCCGAUUUCUUCCAGGGCGCGGCCGGCUUUGACGCUGACGGUCAUGCGGACGUGGUUGAUGUCGUGUUUGUUGACUUCAUCGAGAGCGACGUUCUUGCCAUCCUCGGUGUAAAUUACAGCUCGAGCGACGUGGACUACUACAACGGCGCAGACUUCACAACGCGGGACUUUCUGCCGUUGUUUGUCAAGCAGUCGGAGCUGUUCCAGGCCGGAUUGCCUAACUGUACCGUCGGGUAG